GCUGUCGUCCUGCCCUUUUGCUUCAACGGGCGAAGUUAUCUUUCGAAAUCCUUCGCGGCUCGGGAAAAGGCUCCCGCGAGCUUCCUCCCUUCCGUCCUCGGAAUCAAGCGCCUCCCGUGCCGCCUCCGCCGCUGCUCUUCUCGGGGCAGUGACUCAAUUCCUCGAUCCUUCUCGAUCCCUUCGCCUUUUUUUAAUUAUUGAUUUAGAGAGAUCCGUGUGGAUUUCCAUUCGAAGCACCAUGGUUCGAUCCCUUCCAUGGAGUCUGAAGACUCUUCUCGGUCUUGUUCUUUUCGAAUUUUUACGAAUCCCUAUUCUCUGAGUCGGUUCACGAUGGAUUUGGAUUGAGGAAUCUACUUGCUGCUUCCGGUUGGGGCUUCUGUUGCCAGGGCCACCGUCGAGGUGUUGAUCGACUUUGUUAGGGUUUUAGGGGGCCCUUUUGGGGUUUGGUUGCCUCGAUGAAAGUGGAACAUAGUUGUGUGGAGAACAGGCAAUUGGCAGGCGCCUCGAGCUCGUCCCUCUCGGAUGGAAGUUGCGGCUUGUUGAGGGUUUCGCCUGCUAUUUCUAGCCCACUGAAGACUUCUGCGUCACGGAGAAUUCCUUCAUCCAGGAGGACUAGUGGCCCUAUAAGGCGAGCAAAGGGUGGCUGGACAUUACAUGAGGAUGAGACAUUGAGGAAAGCUGUUGAAGCUUACAAAGGAAGAUGUUGGAAGAAAAUAGCUGAAUUUUUUCCUGAUAGAACUGAGGUCCAAUGUCUUCAUCGGUGGCAAAAGGUUCUCAAUCCUGAACUCAUUAAAGGCCCAUGGACCACUGAGGAAGAUGAGAAGAUUACCAGUCUUGUAGAGAAGUAUGGACCCACAAAAUGGUCCGUGAUUGCAAAGUCUCUUCCAGGUCGUAUUGGUAAACAAUGUCGAGAGAGGUGGCAUAAUCAUCUAAAUCCUAUGCUAAAGAAAGAUGCUUGGACUGAAGAGGAGGAGCUUAUUCUCAUGAACACACAUCAUGCGCACGGAAAUAAAUGGGCAGAAAUUGCCAAGGUCUUACCUGGAAGGACUGAUAACUCAAUAAAGAAUCACUGGCAUAGUUCGUUAAAGAAAAAGUUAGAUUUCUUUUUGGCUACUGGCAAGCUUCCACCUGGUCCUGUGAAUGGUUCAAACGACAUGAGAAACCUUGAUAGUGGGCAAUCACUUCACUAUCCAAAUGAGGGUUCAGAUAUAAAUGCCAGAGCCUUUUCUGAAUCAGCUAGUUCUAUGGAUAUUGAUCUGCCUGCUGGACAAGGUGGGUUGGAGGACCAAAAAUGCAGGUCAGACUCGUCAAUGGUUGAGCCUAAGAUGGAAGUUAUAAACAAUUUUAUUGUGAGAACAAAUUAUGAUCAUGCUGUUGAAUUCAAUGCUCCUACACAAUCAACAGUUGAGCCUAAGAAGGAAGCUAUAAACAACUCAAUUUUGCGAAGAAUUCAUGAUCCUACUGCAGAGUUCACCACAAACACUCUCACACCUGAUGUCUGCACUAGAUCUGAUCCAGGGACAGAGUUGGCAGAAUGUAGUAACACUUCUGAGAAGGAUCAAAAUGUCAAGUCUAAGCUAGAAGUUUUAGUCAAUAUAAAUGUAAGAGGAAUUCAUGAUCCUUCUGUACAUUGCACUAAAGAUAUACCAACCUCUGAUGUUUGCACUAGAUCUGAUCCAGAAAAUGAGGUCAAAGAUUGUAGAAACACUGAUGAGGAACUAAAUUGUGCAUCUGAACUGAUGCACCAGGAAACUCCUUUGCUCGGUUCUCUCUAUUAUACACCACCUCAGAUUGAAGAUGUUUGUCUUUCUGAAAAUUAUGCAAUCAUAACCACAUCUAUGAAUGUGCGGCAAUCAUGUAGCUCAUCUGUUAUGACAUCACCUGAAGUUUACAUUACACCUUCCUCGGUAAUGGGAAAAAGUCCGGUUCAAGAUGUUCACUCCAUCUUAAAAGAUGCAGCUAGAAGUUUCCCAAACACUCCGUCUAUAUUCCGUAGAGUGAGAAAGAAGACCGAAACAUCUCCUGAUUCUGAUACUAGUACUUCAGGAGUUAAGAGCGUGAAACUUUUGGACAGCCAUGCUUCUUCUAGUGAAGGAAAAAAUAUACAUAAUUUGGAGACAAUUGUCAAUUCAAAUUCCAGAUCGAGUCCUUAUGACAAAGGAGACUUAUCAUGCAAUAGGAAGAACUUUGAUGUUUCUCCCCCAUACAGGUUCAGGUCCAAAAGAUCGACAACUAUCAAAUCUGUGGAGAAGCAGCUUGAUUUCUCAGAAAAUGAUUCAAAUGGUAAAACCCCUUUACCUCAUAUGUGAACAUCACUGAUACUACUCCCGAGACAAACCCCAUACUUGCAAGCAAACAGGAUAUGAAACUGCUUUUGCGAUGUGCAAAGAAUCUAGUGUGAAAAUUGGUCAUGACCUGCUCCACAACUUGUAAGUAUAUUGGGAAUUUUGGCUCGCAUCAAUUGCUCCCAUGUUAUCUAGCCAAUAUGUGUAGCUCCAUGGAGAUUAAAUGCAUGAUAAUUUUCUAUUACCAUUUAUAUAUUGACUUCAUGUCACACCAAAUCCUAAGCAAUUCACUGGACUUUUCAGAAGUCA